AUGGCUGCUGCGAAGCUUUGGUUGGCGUUGCUGCCCUUAGUUUCGGCUCAAGUCGGUGACCUCGGGCCCUCAGCUGCACCUUAUCCAGACAUUGUCUACCCCAAUGCGACUCGAGUCUCCACGGGCGCGGCUUCGAACCAGACAUCGCCUCCAGAGUAUCCCUCACCAUGGGGAGAAGGUCUCGGCGAUUGGGCAGAUGCCUACGCGAAAGCGCAAGCCUUCGUGUCGGGCCUUACUUUGAUGGAGAAGGUCAAUCUUACCACCGGAACUGGUUGGGAAAGCCAGAAGUGUGUUGGAAAUGUUGGAUCUAUCCCAAGACUUGGCUUCAAAGCACUUUGCAUGCAAGACUCCCCUCUCGGAGUGCGUGAUACUGAUUUCAAUUCAGCCUUCCAGGCCGGUGUCUCUAUAGCAGCGACCUGGGAUCGUGCUCUGUUAUAUCAGAGGGGUUACGACAUGGGGACGGAACACAAGCUCAAGGGCGUGGAUGUUCAGCUCGGUCCCGUCGUCGGUCCUCUUGGUACUGCACCCGAGGGAGGCCGCAAUUGGGAAGGCUUCUCUCCUGAUCCUGUAUUGUCUGGUAUAGCUGUUGCAGAGACAAUCAAGGGCAUUCAAGACGCAGGUAUCAUGGCUUGCACAAAGCAUUAUAUUAUGAACGAACAGGAGCAUUUCCGACAACCGCCACCACCACAGAAUUUGACAGCAUCAUACUCAUCGAAUCUGGACGACGUCACAAUGCACGAGUUGUACCUCUGGCCCUUCGCUGAUGCCGUGAAGGCUGGAACGGCUUCGAUCAUGUGCAGCUACAACCAGAUCAAUAACAGUUAUGGCUGCCAGAACAGCUAUACGCUGAAUUAUCUGCUAAAAAAUGAGCUUGGGUUCCAGGGUUUCGUUAUGAGCGAUUGGGGUGCUCACCAUUCUGGCGUCGCUUCUACGCUUGCAGGCAUGGACAUGAGCAUGCCAGGUGACGUUGGCUUCGAUUCUGGAACCUCAUACUGGGGCACUAAUCUCACCAUCGCUGUCUUGAACGGCUCGGUCCCUGCAUGGCGCCUGGACGAUAUGGCCACUCGCAUUGUCGCAGGCUGGUACUAUGUCGGCCGUGACCAAAACCAAGUAGAGAAUGCACCGAAUUUCUCUUCCUGGACCACUGACACCUACGGCUUUGAACAUGAGUAUGCACAGGAAGGCUACGGUCUGGUCAACUACCACGUCGAUGUCACUGAAGAUCAUGGUGCCAACAUCCGCGACAGUGCUGCCAAAGGCACGGUCAUUCUCAAGAACAACGGAGUCCUACCUCUGACUGGCAAGGAGAAGCUGACGAUCGUAGUGGGGUCAGACGCAGGCCCAAACCCGUGGGGUCCUGACGGAUGUAGCGAUCGAGGGUGCGAUAACGGUACUCUGGCGCUGGGAUGGGGUAGUGGCUCCGCAAACUUCCCAUAUCUGAUUACGCCGGACUCAGCGAUCCAGGCUGAGGUCGCUCAGAACGGCAAAGGCUUCUACGAGUCGAUACUGGAUGACUACGCGUAUCCCCAAAUUUCUGCACUCGCACGUCGCGCCGAGCAAGUCAACGGAGUGUGCCUCGCCUUUGUCAAUUCUGAUGCCGGCGAAGGUUACAUCAUUGUCGACGGCAACGAAGGCGACAGAAACAAUCUUACGCUGUGGCAUGCAGGUGAUGCGCUCAUCGCCAACGUUACGUCCGAGUGCAGCAACACUGUUAUUGUCAUCCACUCUGUGGGCGCAGUUGACGUCGAAUCAUUCUAUGAUCGUCCAAAUGUCACUGCAAUUGUGUGGGCAGGUCUUCCUGGCCAAGAAUCAGGCAACUCAAUUGUUGACAUCCUGUACGGAAAGACAUCGCCUGGCCGCACACCAUUUACCUGGGGAACACCUCGGAGCUCAUAUGGCACGGAUCUGCUGUACAGGCUCAACAAUGGCGUAGACGCGCCUCAGAUUGAUUUUACUGCAGGCAUCUUCACCGACUAUCGAGGCUUUGAUGCACGCAACGAGACACCAAUCUACGAAUUUGGCUAUGGUCUGUCAUGGUCGACUUUCAACUAUUCUGAUCUACAGAUCACGCCUGUUCCAUCGAACUUCAGCUACACACCUGCAUCUGGAAAGACGUCUGCCGCACCCACCUACGGAUCGACUUCAAAUGACACCACUCAAUAUCUGUGCGGAGAUAUGCACUUCGUCGAGGGCUACAUUUAUCCUUGCCUGAACACAACGAACUUCACCACUGCAAGCAACGAUCCGGAAUACGGCAGCCCAGUCUCCUACCCAGAUGGAGCAUACGACGGCACCACACAAUCUCGUCUCCCUGCUGGAGGCGCACCAGGUGGCAACCCUGCUCUGUGGAAUGUCCUGUUCACUGUCUCUGCGACGAUCACGAACACCGGCAACCGCACUAGUGAUGAAGUGCCUCAGCUCUAUGUCAGCCUUGGUGGGCCGAACGACGCCCCCAAGGUUCUUCGAGGCUUCGACCGAAUUACUAUUGCACCCGGCGCAAGUGCAACAUUCAAUGUAGGACUGACGAGGAGGGAUAUUAGCAAUUGGGACCCUAGCACCCAGAAUUGGUAUAUCUCAUCCUACGCGAAGAAGGUAUACGUUGGUUCGUCAUCUCGAAAGUUGCCACUGAGUGAGACACUCGACAUUUCCGCUUUGACGAAGAACGGCACUUCCUACUCUCGAUAG